CAGAUAUUUACCAUCCAUCCAGAGAGGCAGAUCACAUCGAAACUUUUUCCUCAAGUCAUCUUAGUUCCAGUUCGAACCAGGUGAAAGAUUCCAGUCGGCUUGAAUAUCUAUUUAGACCUAAUUAAAUAGUUCAUCCCUUCAACGAAAGUACUACAAUGGCAGCUCAGACACACGAAUUCAAGGUAGAAAUGACCUGCACCGGUUGUUCGGGAGCGGUGGAACGUGUUCUCGGAAAGCUCAAAGAAAAAGUCGAAAAGGUGGACAUCGACCUGGACAACAAGAAAGUGUUCGUUACUUCCUCGCUCUCUUCGGACGAACUGCUGGAAACCAUCAAGAAGACCGGCAAAGAAACGAGCUAUGUUGGGUUGAAAGCCUAGAAAUGCCGCAACCGGGUUUGACUCAGGGAUGUUCUCAGAUUUUUCUUAUUGUAUGAUAUUUGACAAUGAUAUCAUGAAAAGUUUCGAGUAUUGGUGUAAAUCUAUUAACGGCACUUUGUUGUUAAAAUUUGCUUUUUGUUCCCAAACGAGUGAACUCCCACGAAACGACUAUCUA